CAGAUUAGAUAGUAAAUUAAUGGAGGACUAGAAGGCAAAAAUUAAAAUAUCCUGGAUUAAAAACUUCGCAUCUCUGUUCCAGAUCAAUAAUUAACAUUGAAAAACGAAUAUUACCUAUCAUUAUACCAGAAGACUUGUAAUUUUUGUAAAAUGGUGGAGGAAUUCAAACAUGGAUUUAUACGACUGUGUAAGGAGCAUGGUCUUGAAGCCCAAGAUUGUGUUGUUAAUCUGCUUAAAAGCAUGGAGCAUACUUCAAAGAAAGAGAAGCUUGUGAUGAAUCUCUCCACUAACAGUUUAACCAGUAAAACAUGUGCUGUGCUAGGCAAGAUUAUUGCUGCUGAUCACACAUUUGCUGAAUACAAGUUUGCUGACUGUAUGCUUAGCGAAGAUGCUGUCAAAGGCUUAUGUCAUGGGUUUUCAAGGAAUACUUAUGUCCGUAAACUGGAUAUGAAGGGAAACAACAUCAGAGGGCCUGCAGCAGAGGCUGUAGGAAAACUGUUGAGACAUACAAAAAGUUUAGUAAGUUUAUGUUUGGAAUGGAAUGCUCUUGGUAUGUUGGACAAUUCAUUCACUAUAUUUUGUGAGGGUGUGGCAGCAAAUAACACUCUACAAGCAUUAGAUCUCCGCAACAACCAGAUCAGUCAUGAUUCAGCAGCAGAACUAUGUAGAGCUCUGAAAUCUAACAGUACCAUUAAAUCAUUAGAUUUACGAUGGAACAAUGUUGGACUGUUGGGAGGAAGAGCUAUCAUAGAAAUGUUACAGACUAAUAAAAUACUGACACGUAUAGAGUUAGCUGGUAACAAUAUUCCAGCUGACAUUCUUAAAGCUAUAGAAACAGCAUUAAGCCAGAAUCAGGACAGGGCACUUAUAACAGAAGACCAUCAAAAGAGAACUUCAGUGCUUACAAAACACUUGCAACAUUUAGAGAAAGAAAAAUUUACACAGAUGGAUGAAUUGAUGGGAACUAUAGACAAACAAGAAGAACUGUUACGUGAUUCAAAAAGGUCAGCAAAUUCCAAGAUUGGUCAGUUACAAGUUGCAUUAGGAGAAAGAAAGGCAGCAUUCAACUCUCUAGCUUCCAAACUUGCCAUGACAGAGUCAGAACUUGCACUAGCAGAACAGAAAUGUAACGACUAUACUGUGAUAAUUAAUAGACUAAAACAUGAACUCUCUGAAUCUUCCACAGUACAUCAGAGUGAUAUACGCAGGGAACGGGAGGACAGAGCAAAUACAGAAAUGAAAUUACUGAAGGAGCUAUCUGAAGCUAAUGAAAGAAACAUUGGUUUUGAAACAAAGGUUGAAGAUUUAGAGAGGAAAUGUCGUCAACAAACAGAACAGAUUUUUGGUUUUAAGGAACAGAUAACAUCUCUUCAAGCUGAAAUAAAAAUGAAAGGCUCACAAUAUGAAGAGAGGUUACAGAGUGAAAGAAGUAGAAAUAAAGAUUCCUUACAUGAAGCAGAACAAAUAAGACAGAAAGAGAUACAGAGGAUUAAACAUGAAUCAGAGGAGACAGAGAAAACACUAAGGGAGAGAAUCCAGCGUCUAGAGAUGAACCGGUUACAACUAGAGGAAGAAAUGAGUCAGUUAAAGACAGCCAACAUGACUGAUAAAUUACAGGCCGAGGAAAAUAUCAAUAUUGCUAAACAAAAAGUCAAAUAUGAAGAGGAAGCAAGAAUGAAACAAUUAGAAGAGAAGUUACGAGUUGCACAUAUCUCAAAAGACGAGCUUCAGAGUCAUCAUAACCAGCAACAAACAUUAAUAUCAGAACUAACAUCGAAAAAUAGCUCUCUAACACUGGAGGUAGAAAGUUACAAGAGGAGAAUUGAAGAGCUUAAUGAAGAGGUGAAUAACAAGAAUGUAUAUACUAUGCAAGAAGUUGGAAAGGUUAAAAUAGAAAUGCAAGGUACAGCCACCAAACUGGAGAAUGAAAGAUCCAUCCAGAAAGAACUGAGAGAAAAAUUGGCAGAGGCUGACACAAAAUUAUCAGAACAAAUGAUGAAGCAUCGAGAGACAAUAGACAGCAAAGAACGUGAAAUCAUGCUAUUACAAGAAAAGUUACGUGCACGAGAUGCCGAACUAUCACGUGUACGAGAAGACGAGAUGCAGAGAGCACAAAUAUUACAAUCUGCGGUGAUGAACUAUGUUAGCAAAGUGCCGUCAAGUCCUAGAUAACAAGUAGAAUAAAUUGUGGAUUAUUAAUCUGCAGCCAAUUAUUUUUUCUAAAAAAUUUUUUUAAAUAUUUGUGCAUAAUUUAGUUGCAGGAAUUUGUGAGGUGUACAAAACUACAGAAUAUCAAUGAGUAUAGUGUAAUGAAAGAUAAAUUCACAAAGAUGAAAAUUGGUCACAAGUUCUUACAAAAUCUAGACUCGAUAUUUGUUUCAGCAAUAUUCAUAACAAACCAUAUACAUGUAUAAGUGUAAAUUCUUAAGCAAUCCUUUUGGGAAGAAAGAAAAUUCUGUUGUUUUUUCUUGUUACUUGAUGGAUCUUUGUUGGUCAUUGAAUCCAAACAGGGUUACCUAUCCAAGUGAUUAACAAAAUAAAAUCUACAGUUAUUUGCAAAACUUUAAGGCAGCAGUUAAGUUUAUGAUUAAUAUUUAUGUUUAUUAUGUAUUCACUGUCCCUAGAUGUUAUGAUAACUACACACAAAUUUAUAUGUUGUCUGUCUCAUUAGUCAAAUCUGUUAUAAUAUACCAGUGUGAGAAUUAUUUAGAUUUUAUUGUCAAGACAUUGGAUUUUAUUUUUAAAUGUGAAAGAAUAUAAAUGUCUGAUGAGAUUACUAAAGUUAUGAUGUCAUAUUGAAGCAUCUUGUGAUGUCACAUUGUGACUUAAAUGUAUCUCAAUGUGAUAUACAUGUAUUUAUUUUAGAAUUAUUAAUUUAGAAUACUGGCCUAUUUUUGAAAGGUUAUAAAGACAUGUUAGGCUGUUUGUAAUAUUUGAGUUUAUCUUGGUAACAACUAUACUAAAGUAAUGAUGUUUGUUAUAUUCUGUUACAGCAUGCAGUGCAUACAUGGGAAUCAUCCAUAAACUUACAAAAAAAUAGCGGUCUAAUGUUUAGUUAGGUAAUGUUGAAAGCUAUUUUUGUACAAAUGUAUGCAUUAAAUACAAAUUGUUUUCACUAAAAUGCCCACUUUACAACCAGUGUAAUUCUUUGUACAAUUUGUGUUAGAAGUGAUAAAAUCCUUUUCAUUUUAGGUCAGUUUACAAGAAAAAGAAAAAAAAUAUUAAAAUUAUUAAUAAAAAAAAAAACAGAGUAAGGGAAUGAUCUGAAAUUUUGCACACAAGUAAUUGGUAUAUGUCUAUAUCAAAUUGUAUAAAAAAUCUCGAAAAAAAAUAUUUCCAGUCCCAUCAGGUCAGAAAACUCCCUAUAACAUUGACAAGGGAUUUUAAUAUUAUACAGAUUUGACAUUAUUUAUUGAUUUAUUUUUAUAUUAUCUGUGAUAUAAGAAGCAUUGAUUUACAUGUAUCGUCCAAUUUAUUUUGUGCUAGUUAUUGUUUUGUUGUAUAUUUUUGUAAUUUAAAGUCCAACUUUAUAUAAAAUAUUCAUUAGACAGCAUUGUUUACAUGUACAGAAUAUAUUUGUAUUAAAAUGUGAAAUCUA